GUCGCGAUUGCGCUGCGGAUGUUGUUGUUGCGGCGUGAGGAAGAGGGAUUCUGGGCUGCGAUCCUCUCCUGUAGCGGCAGCCUGUCUUUCUCUGCGCUUUUCCCCGGGGGCGCAUCACCGAGCGGCCGAUGAUGGAGGACUUCGAUGAAAUCUACGAGGAGGAAGAGGACGAGGACCGGGCCGCGGAGGAGCAGCUGCUGAAGUACUCUCCCGACCCGGUGGUGGUGCGCGGAUCCGGCCACGUCACUGUGUUUGGGCUCAGCAAUAAGUUUGAGUCUGAAUUUCCCUCCUCACUAACAGGAAAGGUGGCGCCAGAGGAGUUCAAAGCUAGUAUCAGCAGAGUGAACGGCUGUCUGAGGAAGACGCUGCCAGUGAACGUGCGCUGGCUGCUGUGUGGCUGCCUCUGCUGCUGCUGCACACUGGGCUUCAGCCUGUGGCCUGUGGUCUGCCUCAGCAAGAGAACACGCCGAUCAAUUGAGAAGUUAUUAGAAUGGGAAAAUAACAGGCUGUACCACAAGCUGUGUCUGCACUGGCGGCUGAGCACCAGGAAGUGUGAAACCAAUAACAUGCUGGAGUAUGUCAUCCUAAUAGAGUUUCUACCCAAGAGCCCGAUCUUUCGCCCGGACUAGGCCCAUGCCUCAGGACCUUCUGUAGUGUGUUCUCUCUAAAUGGUGCCUUAUUCGGGACUGCCCUGGAGGUCUUUCAGAACCUUCACAUCUCACCCCUCUCCUUCCCACCUUACAGAGGUGUUAUUCCAUCAGAGACGUUUUGCUUCCCCCACUGCAGAAAGGCUCGGUGCGCCUCCUGCCGUGGGGGGGGGGCAGUGGGCACGCUGGGGGGAGCUGCCGCACAGACUCCGCCUCUGCAGCUCGGCCUCACUCUCUUCACUUCUUCCGUAGCAGAAGAAAAAACUCGUCAGCUGGAUCUGAAUAUCUACCUUACUGCAGUUAGAAACGGGUUUGAUUUUUCUAGAAGAAACCCAGCUGCUGGAUUGGUCCUUGGCCUGCCCAUUAUUCUGUCCUUUAUUCGUUAUUCUUUUUGGGGCAGUGGAUAAAUGUAGGGUGUUUAAUAAUGCAAAUAUUUGUUUUCUCAGAGUGUGUGU